GCGGGACUUCCAGGAGGAGGCGGCAAGUUUGAAAAGCGUCGACGGUUGUUGUCGGCCGACUUCUGCCUUCGCCUGCGGCACCUCCCGGGGCUCGCUGCUCUCCCGCCGGCGGCUGGCGCGAGAGAGCUCAGACGGUGUAGGUGGGAGGCCUUUCCCCCCACCGGCCAAAAAAGAAUCGGAACUGAAAUUGAAAUUGGAAAUGGCAGAUGAUUCCAAAAAGAAGCACUGGGAGUUUGGGAAACAUCUUGGAGGAGACCAACGUGAAACAGAAAAGUCAUUGAGUUACUAGAUAUUGGAAGGUUUCAGAAACCAACGCUAAAAUUUGAAUUUAUGCCGUGGGUAGGGUAAUUGAAGUAUUUUUGUAACGAUGUUACCUGAGGCAUGUGAUGUUUAUAAGGGUUAAUCUGAUCACAGAGUGUGCAAGGCCGAGAGGAGAAGGAUGUGCGACACUGAUUACGAAGACUCAGGCUAGCAGGACAUUCCCAGGAUGGAAACUCUGUCUUUCCCCAGAUACAAUGUAGCGGAGAUUGUGAUUCAUAUUCGCAACAAAAUCUUAACAGGAGCUGAUGGUAAAAACCUCUCCAAGAGUGAUCUUUAUCCAAAUCCAAAGCCCGAAGUCUUGAACAUGAUCUACAUGCGAGCCUUGCAAAUAGUGUAUGGGAUUCGACUGGAGCAUUUUUUCAUGAUGCCCGUGAACUCAGAAGUCAUGUAUCCACAUAUCAUGGAAGGCUUCUUGCCAGUUAGCAAUUUGUUUAUUCAUCUGGACUCCUUUCUGCCCAUCUGUCGGGUGAAUGACUUUGAGAUUGCUGAUAUCCUAUAUCCAAAGGCAAAACGAACAAGUCGGUUUUUAAGUGGCAUUAUCAACUUUAUUCACUUCAGAGAAGCGUGCCGUGAGACAUACAUGGAAUUUCUUUGGCAAUACAAAUCUUCUGUGGACAAAAUGCACCAGUUGAAUACUGCACACCAGGAGGCAUUGAUGAAACUGGAGAGACUUGAUUCUGUUCCAGUCGAAGAACAAGCAGAGUUCAAGCAGCUUUCAGAUGAUAUUCAGGAGCUGCAGCAAUCACUGAAUCAAGAGUUUCGCCAGAAAACGAUAGUGCUACAAGACGGAAAUUCCCAAAAGAAGUCAGAGAUUUCAGAGAAAACCAAGCGUUUGAAUGAACUAAAAUUGUCCGUAGUUUCUUUGAAAGAAGUGCAAGAGAGUUUGAAAACAAAAAUUGUGGAUUCUCCAGAGAAACUAAAGAAUUAUAAAGAAAAAAUGAAAGAUACCGUCCAGAAACUUAAAAAUUCCAGGCAAGAAGUGAUGGAAAAAUACGAAAUCUACAGAGACUCAGUUGAGUGCUUGCCUUCAUGUCAGCUGGAGGUACAGUUAUAUCAGAAGAAAAUACAGGACCUUGCAGAUAACAGGGAAAAGUUAACCAACAUCUUAAAGGAGAGCCUGAACUUGGAGGACCAAAUUGAGAGUGAUGAGUCAGAACUGAAGAAACUGAAGACUGAAGAAAAUUCCUUCAAAAGACUGAUGAUUGGGAAGAAGGAAAAACUUGCCACAGCACAAUUCAAAAUAAAUAAGAAGCACGAGGACGUCAAGCAGUACAAACGCACGGUGAUUGAAGAUUGCAAUAAAGUUCAAGAAAAAAGAGGCGCUGUCUAUGAGCGAGUAACCACAAUUAAUCAAGAAAUCCAGAAGAUUAAAUUGGGAAUUCAGCAACUGAAAGAUGCCACUGAAAGGGAGAGACUGAAGUCCCAGGAAAUCUUUCUGAGUUUGAAAGCUGCUUUGGAGAAGUACCAUGAAGGCAUUGAAAAGGCAGCAGAGGACUGUGGUGCUAAAAUCGAGGAGAAAACGGCUGAACUGAAGAAGAACAUGUUCAGAACGUCGGCUUGAUUAACGCAGGCACUUGUCUUUCCGCAAGCAGCUAGCCGCCUUCCUUUUACAUUGCGAAAGAGGACAGUUCGGUUGAAGUUCUUGGAAGUAUCGGAAGCAGCACGUAAUGUUGGCUCAGCCGUUUUCACGGGCUCUUAUAGGUUGUUAUUUUGUAAGAGAAUACGCGUAAUGUAGGCUUUCAUUAACUUACAAUUAAAAUAACCUGUGCAGCUGUU